GCCCACCGUCAGCACGCUUACACUCGCUCGUUUCCCAACGCGCACCCAACAUGGCCGCUCCGACCGCCGCCGUCGACACUGCCGCCCCGCCUCCUCCUCCCUCGGCAGAGGCCGCGGCUGCACCUGUACUGGAUCAAAAGGUCUCUCCUGCUGCUGCCCCUCAGCCCGAUGCGCCCGCGCCCGCGCCCGCGCCGAAGAAGCGGAAGCUCGAGGAAGCGGGGUUCCACACCUCCGAAUACUACAAGAUCCGUGCCGUCGUCGCCGAUCUGCGUGUUCGCUUCGUCCAGGUUCACGAAGCUACUGAUUUCCGCAACACGGAUGCUGCACGUGAGAUUAUGAGAGAAAUAAAUGUGGUAAUGGAUCUAUCCAAGAAAAUGAGGCUCAAGCUUGGUGCUACUUCUGAACCUGUGAAACCAUUGGAGAAGCCUUCAGUUGGACUUGUGAAGGAUGAGCUUGUGAAACCAUCAGAGAAGCCUUCAUCUGGACCUGUGACGGGGGAACCUGUAAAGCCACCGGAGAAGCCUUCAGCUGGACCUGUGAAGGACGAGCCUAUGAAACCAUCGGAGAAGCCUUCUGCUGAACCUGUGAAGAACGAACCCAGUGAGCCAGCUCUAGCUGGAGAAAACAAUCGAGCUCCCAGGGUAAGCCAGACUACAAGUUCUCCAAAUAAUGCAGGUAUUGAUGCACCAGUAGUCAAGCAUGAUAACUCAGAGGCACGGAAGUGAAGACGAUAGAGGAAGCCCAAAGUACCGAUCCAUCGAGAUAGCAUAUCACGCAAAUCUGCUGGACAAAAAUGCAGAGUGACCGGUUGAUUCCAUAGGGGCUCAGAUUUUUCUUGCCCCUAUCGGGGGUAAAAUUAUUCGCUUUGGGCUAAUGGACGAAGAGUCGUGGACACAUCGAGAUCCAAACUAGAUUGUCUUCAGUUGUUCAUAUCCAUUCAUUCAGUACUAUGUUGCUAAUUUCCCAUGAACAAUUUUAUCUUCAAAUAGCUACUCUCUAACUGCAUCAUUCUAUACAUCACAUUGGCCUGCAGCCUGCUGUAUGAAGUUAAUUGCCAGUC